AUGUGUCCUGCCGACUCUUUCCGUGGUGUUGUGGUCAUACCAGAUAGCUUUCCAGGAUAUUCUCCUGAUGAGUUCUGCUUACUACCACGGUAUCGUCCGUUCAUAGAGGGUAUCCUUGUUCCUAAUGGUUUGGUUAAAGAUAGAUUGAAAAAGCUGGCCCUUGACAUUUUAGACACGCUUGAUCGGAUGGGGUCUACUUCAUUAACACUCGUUUGCGUAUUAAAAGGUGGAUUUAAAUUCGCAUCUGACUUGAGUGAAAAUCUCGAAUCUGUGAUUCACAACACCUCCCGACAGAUUUCUAUUCACAUAGAGUUUAUCAUUGCUAGCACUUACGUGAAUGACGACGUCGCCCAUGACACUGAUAUCAAAGUGUGUACGAACCCGAGCAAAUUUCACGACAAAGAUCUUCUGAUUCUCGAAGAUCUCACCGAUACAGGCACCACUUUGCGCAGCUUGACAACCUACCUUCAGAAACUGUCCCCGCGCUCCAUUCAGGUUGCCAGCCUUCUCGUGAAACGUCGCCCGGAUUGUCUUCCUUUCAAGCCAGAUUAUGUUGGAUUUGAAGUUCCAAACCGCUUUAUAGUUGGGUAUGCGAUCGACUACAACGACCAAUUCCGGGAACUACCUCACGUAUGUGUCGUCAACGAAGUUGGAAAGAAGGAAUUUGCUGUGGAAAAAUAGACGACAGUCGGUGUUAAUGGACACAGCAUCCUCAAUAAUGGAUACUGGCGGCCCGUGUUAGAUUAGUGCAUACAUUACUUUUCACAACGAUAAUUUUUACCUGAGUAUUUUAUUACAACAAGAUGCUUUUCUUAGCCG